AUGGACCUAGAAAGCGAGCUUGUAGAUGAGUAUGGGCUAGGCCAAAGAGACAGCUUGGCGGAAGCUGUAAAAGCGGGGACGGAGACAGUUGCAAGCAACGCAAGGUCACACACAUGUUUACUAUCAGGUUUGUACAUAGGGGAUGUGAAAGUGUUGGUGAAGGCACAGUUUGGAAUGGACAACACAAAGGAAAUUGUAAUGAAACUGGCGGUUAGAGCUGAGGAUCGAUCUGUUAGCGUUGCGAUUCACGCAAUUGUUGCUUGCGGCUAA